AAAAUCAGUUGAAUGCGAGCUUACAAACGGGCAACAGCGCGAAUCGCAAAACAGGUGGACGCGCUUCAAAUCGAAAGUGAAAUACAAAAACGUGAGCAAAACGCUCCAAAAACGCGUCAGUAUUAAGUUGGCGCAAUCGUUUGGUGCUCGUUGAACAAGUGAAGCAACAAUAAAAUACAAAACAAAAAAAAACAAGCCAAUACGAGCUUUAAGCCAAGUUAUUGGUGCAGAGUGCAAAGCAAGCUGUGCGGUCAAUCGCGAGAGCUAAACUGGCGUCUCAACCCACACGAAAAGGCUAAAAGCCAACGAAAAUUCAACUUGUAAAUUAUGUGUGCUGACAAUAUACAAAAUAAUUUGGCUAUUUAAUUGAGAAACGUGUUUCUACUUUAUUCAAAAAAAGAAAAAUAAAAUAUUUAAAUAAGCAAAAACAAAAGUGAUAAAUGCGCAAAAUGAGAGUCAACUGGGUGCUUACAUUUCUAAGUUGUUUACUAUUUCUAUUGCCAACUGAUACAGCUGCUCAGGGCCUGUACUCCAUAAUUGCGCCGAAUAGUGUGCGACCCAACUCGCAGUAUCAUGUGGCUGUGAGCAUCCACAAGGCAGCGGAGCCCACAAGGGUUAAGGUGGGCAUCCUGAGCAGUACCUAUACCGAUUUCAAGACGGUCGAACUGAGACCCUACUCCACACAGUUGCUGCACUUUGAGAUUCCAGCUUUAAAAGCAGAUCGAUAUCGUCUUACAGUUGAGGGUCUCAGCGGCAUUAUCUUUACAAAUGAAACGCAGUUGCAUUUCGAGAACAAACAGCAUACGGUGCUCGUGCAAACGGAUAAAAGUAUCUAUAAGCCCGGAGAUGUAGUUCAUUAUCGUAUACUCCUGCUCGAUGCCAAUUUAAAGCCAGCUCGAGGCUAUGGUCGUGUUCAUCUAGAGAUCAGGGACUCUGGCAAUAACAUCAUUCGAAGCUACAAGGACAUAAGAUUAACAAAUGCGAUUUAUUCCAACGAACUUCAAUUGUCGGACUUGCCUCGCUUCGGAGAUUGGUCGAUUGUUGUAGAAGUUGCUGAUCAGCAGCACAAGCAAACCUUUGAGAUUCUGGAUCACAUAUUGCCCAAGUUUGAGGUGGACAUUGAAACGCCACGCAAAGCUGUAUAUAAGGAUGGCAGGAUUGCAGCCACAGUGAAGGCACACUACGCCUUUGGUCAGCCUAUUGUUGGAGAGGCCACUCUCUCCAUUUAUCCCACCUUCUUUGGCUCCCUUCAGCCAUUUGUGAAUGAUCUCAUCACCCGCAAGGUGGUACCCAUAGAUGGCAAUGCAUACUUUGAGUUUGACAUCGAACAGGAGCUGCGUCUCAAACAGGACUACGAGCGUCAGUAUCUAUUGGAUGCACUUGUCGAGGAACGUUCCACGGGCUCUGUGCAAAACUAUUCAACUGUACUCACCCUGUAUCUGAAUCAUUUUCGAGUGGAACCCGUUAAAUUGCCGAGCUACUAUAUUCCAGGCGUACCCUUUGAAGCCACUGCACGCAUUAUUCGUAAUGAUGGCAGCUCAUUGCGUGAAUUCAAUCCAGAGAUCACAGCCUAUCUAACCAAUGUCUAUGGCAGCAGUGAAAUGUAUAAUCGCACCGUCUACAGUCUGGAUGCACGCGGAGAGUUCAAGAUGAAGUUCACAGUGCCCCAGGGCGAUCGAGAUGAGUUUCAUUCCAUAAUUGUGGAUUAUUUGGGUGUAAUCAGCGAUGUGGGCAAGGUUCCACGCAAACAUUUACAUACCAAGAACUAUAUAACAGCCAAGGUGCUCAACGAUAAACCCAUUGUUAAUCAGGAAAUCGCUGUUGUGGUGCAAUCGAACGAGCCCAUGAAAUACUUUAUGUAUCAGAUUGUGGGGCGUGGCGACAUUAUACUCUCCCGCACAGUGGAUGUUGCUGACAAUACUUUCCAUACCAUCAAGUUCCUAGCUUCAUUUGCUAUGAUGCCGCGUGCGAAAUUACUUGUCUAUAUGGUGGUGAAUGGCGAGUAUGUUUAUGAUGAACAGAUUAUAAGAUUCGAGGAGAAUCUUCUAAAUGCCGUACAAAUUGAGGCGCCCAUUAGAGCACCUCCUGGUCAGGAUAUUGAUAUAAGCAUAAGCACAAAGCCCUACUCCUAUGUGGGUCUCAUGAUUGUCGAUCAAAAUUCGCCUGGACUACGUAAUGGUAAUGAUCUAACACAUGAUCGUCUUAUGGAUGCUCUCUACGACUACGAGCUGAGUGAUGUCAACACUCCGGUUGGUUCUCCCGGCAAGGAAUCCGGUGUUAUUACCAUGUCCAAUACGGACUACUUUGUUGAGAAAGAGGCAGAGACAACUCCCAGCAUUGAUCGUGAUACUUCCGUUGAGGAUGAUAAGCUGACAGCUGUGCGAAAAACGGACAUUGGACCCGCCCAUAAGAUCGAGGUAAACACAUUGCCUCCAGGCAAAGGUCGCUAUGCUUUCUCCUACACUCCGAAACCCUAUUGGCACAACCCUCGAGUGCAUGUGAUGCGUGAUCCUGUCGACACUUGGCUCUUCCUGAACAUCUCGGCCAGCAGCGAUGGUCGCAAUACGAUACAUAGACGUAUACCUAGUGAUAUGACCUCCUGGGUAUUGUCGGCCUUUUCACUGGAUCCCGUCAAUGGUUUGGGUCUAAAUGCACCCAACAGCAGAUUGGAGGCCUACAAGGAAUUCUACAUAUCUACAGAGCUACCAUAUUCUAUAAGAAAAGAUGAACUUAUUGCGCUGCCUUUUGUGGUGCAUAAUAACAGGGAGAGCGAUCUCAGCGUGGAUGUAACAUUCUAUAAUUCGGCACAAGACUUUCUUUUUCCCCAACUGGACACAAAGCAGACAAAUAAAUCGCAAGUGGAAGUCUAUAGUCGUCGCACCAUUCGCGUGCCCGCCAAGUCAGCUCGCUCCGUCUCCUUCAUUGUGACCCCUCGACGUGUAGGUGCGCUUCCUGUUAAGGCAGUGGCUUCCACUUCCCAAGCUGGGGACACUGUAGAGCGUACUCUUUUGGUUGAGCAUCCAGGUGCCACGGAGCGUAUCAAUCGUGGUUUCCUUUUCGAGCUGAACUCCAAUGCUCAACGGAAACAGAAUGUGACCAUUAAGGUGCCUCGCAAUGCUAUUCCAGAUUCGACGAGCAUUGAGGUCAAGGCUGUGGGAGAUCUUGUGGGCAGCAUUGUGGGAAAUCUUCAGCAGCUGAUUCUUCUGCCCACGGGUUGUGGUGAGCAGACCAUGGUGAACUUUGUGCCAAAUCUUUUAGUGCUGCGAUAUCUGACUCGUCUUCGCCAGCUCACCCCAGAGAUCCAACUGAGUGCUACAAAUAACCUGGCUGUGGGCUAUCAACGUCUGCUUUAUUAUCGCCAUGAGAAUGGUGCCUUCAGCGCCUUUGGCCACUCGGUCAAGCAAAGCUCCACUUGGCUAACUGCCUAUGUGGCAAGGACGCUGCGACAGGCGACUCCCUACAUCCAGGUGGAUGAGCAUGUGCUGCAGAGUGCCCUCUCCUACUUGGCCAGCAUGCAGUCGGGUAAUGGAGGCUACGAGGAGCAUGGCGAUAUCUUUGAGCAGUUGGACGAUGGAGGCAUCAGUCUGACAGCCUUUGUGACGCUCGCCAUGAUGGAGAAUGUGAAUGUUUACCCCGAGUAUCGUAACCAUAUCAACAAAGCACUGGACUUUAUCACUAGGGGAUUAGACUCCUCUAGCAAUCUGCAUGCCAUGUCCUUGGGCACAUAUGUGCUCUCACGUGCCAAUCACAAUUCGAAAGCCGCUUUCCUGCAACGUCUGGACUCGAUGGCCACCAAUGCGGAUGGACGAAAAUGGUGGAACAAGACGGCGCCAUCCAAUGAACAAAAGUCGCCCUGGUACAAUGCCACACGCAGUGUCAACAUUGAGAUCUCGGCUUAUGCAGCCCUGACUCUGCUGGAGAACAAUCUUGUGGGAGAUGCUCUGCCAGUGCUCAAUUGGUUGAUGGACCAACGUAAUGCCUUCGGUGGCUUUGUUGCCUCCCAGGACACGGUUGUGGGUCUGCAGGCAUUGCUCAUGUUUGCCGAACGUUUCUCCAGUCAAGGCAACAAUGUCCAGCUGGGAUUCCACUACGGAGAAGGUGCCGAAACCAUACUGAAUGUGAAUGCGGAGAAUUCACUCGCUCUACAAAGUGUUGAGCUUCCGAGUAACAUCAAGAAUGUGAGCGUGUCGGCAACUGGACGUGGCAUGGCCUUGGCCCAGAUCAGUUACAGUUACAACACGAAUGUGACCAGCGCCUGGCCUAGAUUUGUGCUCGAUCCCACCGUGAAUCGCAACUCCCAUGCAGACUAUCUGCAUCUGUCGGCCUGUGCCAGCUUUGUCUCUGUGCCUGGAGAUGCCGAGAGAUCCAACAUGGCUGUCAUGGAGAUACAUCUGCCGAGUGGGUUUGUCGUAGAUACCGAUACACUGCCCACUCUAGAGUCCAGUGAGCGCAUCAAGAAGGUCGAGACGCAUCAACGUGAUACAAAGGUAGUCAUCUACUUUGAUUACCUGGACAGGAGAGAAGUCUGCCCCACGUUGCAUGCCUACAAAACCGUGAAGGUCACCAAGCAUCGCCCUGUGCCCGUCGUCAUGUAUGAUUACUACGAUAAUGCACGUCGGGCCCGACAAUUCUAUCGGGCGCCCAAGUCGAACAUCUGCGAUAUUUGUGAGCACGCUAAUUGCGGUGACAUCUGCGAGAAGGCAGAGAAACGAGCAUCACGUCGACCUGAUGACGAUAAUGUGGCCAUAGCAGGUCAGAAUUCAGCUGCAAAUCGAGGAGUCAUACCUUUGCUAGGAUUGCUGGCAGUAGCAAUCAUCCUGCGAUUACACUGUUAGAAACAAGGGGAAGAGGGAAACGGCUCCCAAAGCAAACAAAACGAAGCUUUAACAAAAACCCACUCAUCUAAUUAAUAAGCUAGAACUAAAUCAAUUAACUUUAAUGAUGCUAAAAGUUGCCAAUAUAAAUAUAUUUAACAUUUACUAAAACCUAUAAAAACAAA